GCACCCCUCGGAACGACGGCGACUACCUACGCUCACCAUCGCUGUUACCUGUUCGUCAAACACUGCGCCUACGGCGCUUCGACUGCCCAACAUGGUUGAUCACGACAUGACUAACGUCGCGGCCGAGGACUCUCAAGAAGUGAUGCAGAACAAGAUCAUCAACGAGGAAUACAAGAUAUGGAAGAAGAACAGCGUCUUCCUAUACGACAUCAUGUACAGCCGCGCGCUCGAUUGGCCAACGCUCACCACGCAAUGGCUGCCAGAUGUUAAAGACAUUCCAGGCAAAGCUUUCCGCACUCAUCGACUAUUGAUUGGCACGCACACUUCGAAAACCUCGAGCGAGUUUCUCAUGAUCGCGCACAUCAACCUCCCAACGCCGCCAGCGAUGACGACGGCGGAUUACAAUCCAUCGACAGAAGAGCUAGGUGGACAUGCCGCAGCAAAAGAGCCAAUCAACUUUUCGGUCAUCCAGAAGAUCUCCCACGACGGUGAAGUCAACAAGGCGAGGUACCAGCCCCAGAACCCGAACAUCAUCGCCACAUUCUCGCCCAGUGGCAACGUCUACGUAUGGGAUCGCACGAAGCACUCGUCUGUGCCAGAUGCAUCGGGCAUUCCCAAGCCCCAGGCCACGCUCACAGGCCACAAGGGAGAAGGCUUUGCGCUCGAGUGGAACCCGUUCGUCGAAGGCCAGCUACUCUCAGGCGGUGAAGAUGAAACAGUUUGCCUGUGGGAGGUACAGCGCGAUUUCACCCGCGACAACCCUACAAUCUCCCCUGCACGCAGAUUCACGCAGCAUUCUGGGUUCGUCAACGACGUACAGUACCAUCCCCAGCAUGGCAAGCACCUCUUCGGUUCAGUCUCCGAUGAUCUGAGCAUGUGUCUGAUGGACACUCGGAGCAAGAGCGAUUCCAAGCCAGCAAUUGUUUUCCAAAACGCCCACACCGACGCCAUCAACACCCUGUCCUUUCAUCCAAAGCACGACAAACUAUUCGCAACUGGUUCGCACGACAAGACGAUUGGCAUCUUCGAUCUGCGAUUCCCUAACCACGGCAAGAUUCACAGCCUGGAGGGUCACAAGGACACCAUCACCAAGGUAGAGUGGCAUCCCACGGACUCUGGCAUCAUUGCAUCGGCAUCCAACGAUCGUCGAAUCAUCUUCUGGGACAUUUCCAAGGCAGGCGCCGAGCAAACACCAGAAGAUGCCGAGGAUGGACCGCCAGAGAUGCUAUUCAUGCACGGCGGACACACCAACCACCCUAGUGACUUUUCGUGGAACAAGAACGACCCCUGGGUCAUGUGCUCCGCUGGCGAGGACAACCUCAUCCAAUGCUGGCGUGCAAGCCGGCAUCUGGUCGAGCAGGCGCCCGCAGGCGUGCAUCGUAGGGAGGUGAGCGAGACGUGA